AUGACUGUGGUCUCGCACGAGACUUUCCAUGCCAAAGUUGCAGUGUUCCGGAUUCCUCCAGGGGAAAAUUCGCUGAAGAAAUGGAACACAUCCGCCGAAAAUAUCGUGUGGAAGGGCCAUCUAAGACUCUGCGAGCAAGAGGUCUCCGAUGCUGGCGACACGGCCGCUUCCAGCGCCUUUGAAGGGCUCAGGCUCAAACUUGAAUUAUACAACCCGGAAGUGAUCACGCAGCUUCUGGAGGAUUUUGUCGAAUUGGAGAGUGAUGUUCCAUGGGCUGAAGUUUGGUAUAAUCCGUUCAGCGAGUCGGAUAUGCACUAUAAAAUCUCCAACGACGGCUCUGAAACUAUUCAGGUAUCGCCUACAUCUUCUAGAAACUAUAAGAUCAUCGCACAGCUACCGGGAGCAGGUUACCAUCCGUUGGACUCUGGUGAAGAUACGAAAGGGUGCAUUUUACAGAUUGCACUUGGACUUCGUUUCGAAGACGAGUUCACUGCAAUUCUGUUCGCUGAGACGUUGGCCACUUAUAGACGGCGCUUCCGGAACUAUCAGGAUAAGUUUCUGUACGAUAAGCAUUUGGUUACUUCAGAACAAAAUCUUGGAGAACCUAAAGAUUCCUGUGGAGGAGCUGAGAGAACCAACACCAAUUUCGGACUUUGA